AUGGAAUUCAAUCAGUCGUCGGCCCGCGAAAGGCGACGCGAAGAAAGACGCAGACAAAGAGCGUACGACAGAGAACUCGAAGAAAGACUGCUGCAGGAGAACGCGGCGGCGGAGGCCACGAUGUCUCUUGUGUUCGAGAGCGGAACCAACAUCCAACACCAACCGGAGGGCGUUCAAAUCGACAGCGGGGAGGCUAUGGCAGUUGCACCGCGCCGAAACGUUGAUUUCGGUUCCUCGCAGAACAAGGUUGUACGAUGGGCGCAGGAUGACGAGGUGAUUGAGAUCCCUCGCCUGACGUAUGGCGAUGACUCCGAUGCCGCGGUUUCCCGAGAAUUCACCACGCGAGAGAACACGGUUACCGCCACCGCCGCUUCCAUGGACGAGAACGCACUGUCAGAGCAUCACGCAGCCCCUCGGCCGGGAAACAACCUCAGCUACGUUGACGGCCUGUUCAUCAACGCCGGCGCCCACGUCGAGUCGCUGACAUGGACCAAGACCGAGACGAACAACCACAAUCACUACUACGCGCAUGCGCAGGCACAGCAGCAGCAGCACCAGCAGGAGGAGCGGCAGCAACCCACAAUCGAGGCUGCUCCCAAGCAAGACGGUGCUGGCUACUAG